AUGGACAGAAGAAACCAGACCAGCAUCUAUGAAUUUCUCCUCCUGGGCCUCUCUGAGCAUCCAGAACAGCAACCUCUCCUGUUUGGGCUCUUCCUGGGCAUGUACCUGUUCACUGUGGUGGGAAACCUGCUCAUCAUCCUGGCCAUUGUCUUUGAUAUGCACCUCCAUACCCCCAUGUACCUCUUCCUGGCCAACCUCUCUAUUUCUGACAUUGGUUUCACCUCUACAAUAAUCCCCAAGAUGCUAGAUAAUAUUGGCUCAGGAAGUAAACUGAUUUCUUAUGGUGGAUGCCUGACACAACUCUACUUCUUUGGCUUAUUUGCUGAUCUGCACAACUUUCUCCUGGCUGUGAUGGCACUUGACCGCUAUGUGGCCAUCAGCCACCCCCUCCACUAUGCCAUGAUCAUGAACUCCCAAUGUUGUGUCCUGUUGGUGGCUGGGUCCUGGCUGGUCACUACCUUCCAUGCCCUGGUGCAUACACUUUUAGUGAUCAGGCUUUCCUUCUGUGGCCCCAAUAUUAUCUCCCACUUCUUCUGUGAUCCGGUUCCUCUCCUAAAGCUGGCCUGCUCCAGUACUUAUGUCAAUGACCUGGUGCUCAUCUUUGUGGCAGGAACAUUGCUUAUUGGACCUUUUGUCUGCAUCCUUACAUCUUACUUUCACAUUGUACUGGCUAUCCUGAAAAUGGAUUCUCCAAAAGGUAAGCAAAGGGCCUUCUCCAACUGCAGUUCCCACCUCUCUGUGGUCUCUAUGUUCUACACAACAGCUACUGGAGUCUAUUUAUAUCCUCCAACACCCUACUCAGGUGGGAAGGACAGAGUCUUCUCAAUAAUGUACACAACAGUAACCCCCAUGCUGAACCCCUUCAUCUACAGCUUGAGAAACAGAGAUAUGAAGGGGACAUUGGGGAAACUACUCAGAAUAAAAGCAUUCUAA